CGUUUACGCGGAUCCACACGAGCCCAGGAACCAUCAUUUGAACUAUCUUGAAGUCACUGAUUUCGGCACCAAUUCCGCUCGUUUCAAGCAAUGGUAUCAAUCGCUCCUUUCUAACUCGCCUCCUAAUUCAUUCGCAAUCAUGCCUGCCGAUCAGCACGAGGAUUCAAUCGAGCCCACCGGUGAUGUUGAGAUGUCUGAGACCCAGAACACGCAGGAUACUGCGCCAGAGGCUACCCAAGAGGGUGAGGAGAAUGAGAAUGCCGACAACACUGAGCUUCCCUUCGCCGACUCUGAGGUCGCAGAGCCCAGAGUUACCUUUGCCAGUUAUCUCAUGAGCCCAAUCGUCACCCUGCUCAUCGGAUCUGGCGACCAAUCUAUCCUCUCAGCGCAUCAGGGACUUUUGACACAAAGCCCAUACUUCAAGGACAUUUGCGAUAGUUUCGUUGAGGACGGCAGCCCUCGUCAGAUUGAGCUCCCCGACUACGACAUCGAGACCGUCGGCAGCUUCCUCGAAUACCUUUACACAGGCGAAUACUUCCCCAAGAAGCUUCCCGGCCAGCGAGUCCUGGAGUCCGACCCCUCAAUUCCCUCGGUCGACAACAGCGGCGACCAACUCCUCAAGCACGCCCGCAUCUACACCCUCGCCGAGAAGUUUGGCGUCGCUGGUCUCAAGACCCUCUCGAGCUCCAAGAUCCACUGCGUCAACUCUACCGCCAAGGGCGAGAUCACAUACGCUCGUUACGUCUACGCCUACACCAGCAACGACGACACCACCAUCCGCGCCCCCGUCGCAAGCUUCUGGGCAACGCGCUCACACACCCUGCGCGCCGAGGCGGAAGAGGAGUUCAAGGCUCUGUGCUUGGAGCACCCCCAGUUCGGAUACGAUGUUCUGACCCGCGUAUUGGACGGCAAGCUCAAGAGAGAGCGCAACGACAAGAUGCACCCUGCCACAAGCAGCGGACGAAAGCGUACCCGUCACAGCAGCGGAUCGCGUGCCGAUUAA